UCUGAGACUCAGUGACAGGCAGUACCCUGACCGGAGAGUAGAGUUGGACAUACCCACUGAAGCAGACAACAGCUCAACUCGGGACAGACUUUGAAUAACUAUUCGGCGACAUAACUUUUCUGUUUGUAAAGUAAACAGACAACAAGGGAGAUUUUACGCACGAAAAAUGCAGCCCCUCUGUCACCAACUGCUCAGCUUGCUGUUCGUUUUCAGCAGCCUUCAGAUUCAUCAACUCACAGAGGCUUGCUCGUGUGCUCUGUCUCACCCGCAAGAUGCGUACUGCAACUCUGACAUUGUGAUCCGUGCCAAAGUGGUGGGCAAGAAGUUACUGAAGGACGGGCCUUUUGGCACCAUGCGUUACACGGUCAAACAGAUGAAGAUGUACAAAGGAUUCAACAAAAUGCAGCACGUUCAGCACAUCUACACAGAUGCUUCUGAGAGUUUGUGUGGAGUCAAGUUCGACAUCAACAAGUACCAGUAUCUGAUCACAGGCCGUGUGUUUGACGGCAAGGUCUAUACCGGGCUGUGUAAUUUCAACCAGCCAUGGGAGCGCCUCUCGCUGGCCCAGAAGAAGGGCAUCAACCACCGCUACCAGCUGGGCUGCAACUGCAGGGUGAGUGGCAACAACUGCGCUCUCGGGGAGAAUAUGGAUGAAGUGGCUCCGGGGGAGAAUAUGGAUAAGAUGGCUAUGGAGAAGGAAGCUAAAGCAACCCAACAGCAGCAGAGCCAAGAUGGAGGAGUAGGAGCCAGAAAGAGGGGCAGGGGCCGGGGCAGAGGCAGAGGCCGGGGCAGAGGCAGGCAGAACCAGAACACCCUGCUUACUGCAAAGCAUACCAUCCUGCUCUGAGCAGCUCUCUGCUCGUCUAUCUAGAAGACUUCUUACCACAGUUGGGGUUGCCCCUCUUCAAAGACACAAGGCACUUCAUAAUCUCCAUAUGUUAUUCGAUAUCGGAUAUUGGCUGUAGAAUAGGAGGGGAAAUAAUGUGUUCAUUUUAUGAUCAUAAUGACUUUAGUGGCCUUGCAUAUAUUGGGUCAAAUAGAUUAUGCUGAUGAACUGCGACCAAUUAUGAAAUCCUUGCCAAACCAUUUAAAACAUUUCCCUCUUCUUAAGUGUAGCACAAUACAAGCAUGACUACCAAAAUAUAUACCAAAUCAUUUUGAUUAUGUAAUUGUAACUUUUCUGAUUGUAGGGACAUACUAAUUCCAGAUAGUGGCUGAAUGAUAUAAUGUAAAGGUUUAAGCUGUCAGGAAUAUAUAAGUGUCCCCUUUCCUUUUUGGCAUCAUAACGGAUAAUACACAUCCAUGAAUGUAACUGAAGAGACAGAUGGGAAGACGAGGAGAGAGAGAAAAGAGAGAUUUAUAAUGAUCUUUGGGAGUUAUUAAAUCAUUUAUCUACACUGGAAUUACUUUCCCUGUUAUUCCAAACCCUGAAUUGAGCGCUCGGUCGGACCUCCUUUAUGCGGGACCUGCUCCUGUGCAGCUCCAGUCCAGGCUCAUAAAUAUCCUGCUGUACUGCAUGGAUCCAGACACACCAUCUGGUCUGCCCAUCACUGCCCCAUCAACAACAAUAAGUGCAUUGCCAGACAGGAGAAUCUACGGAGUCCAAAUGCUGUCCAACACCUUUCAAACUGCUCACACCCAAACUGCUUAAAGGGUUGUAAUGUUAAGACACGUUAGGCGUACAGUGAGUCUUAGAGGCCAACAUAGAACAAUGGAGGUGAACGUAUGCCUGUGACCAAACAUGGCAAGUCAGGAUCAGGAAUGAAAAACAAACUUGGACAGAACUCGCCAUGGUAGAAGCGUAUUUUUUGUAUAAUGUCCAUUUCAGUUCAAAUGUAAUCUUUAAUCUGAAGGGGGAAAAAAUCACACACAAAUGUGUUCUUGCAAUAGGCUGCUGCUACACAAUACCUCAUUGUGUGAACCCCUAUGAAGCAGCAUGCUAACUGUCUGAGAAGACAAGUCAACAGACAGACAGAGGCAGUGCAGACACAGCCCUCUCUGUGGUUUUUAUAUCAAGUGCAAGAACCUCCUAGAGAUCCCUUAGAGUGCGAACGUCACACUUCACUGAUGCUAAAACCACGGUUUGUCAUCUUUUGCAUUCUUCAACAAAUGAUGAUUUACAGCUAAGGAAUGCAGGAAGCAUGUGAAAAUAAUCCACUGCAGUGUAUUAAAAACCAUUGGCCUCAGUAAAUGAUUAAAAAGCUAACUGUCCAUAACAUGAACAUGAACACCAGAACUAGUUAAACUUCAUUGAAAAUGCUUGCACCAUAUGGACCAUAACGAAUGCGUUCAGCUUCACCCAUAUUGCUCAAGCUCUCUGCUGUCGAUUCCUCUGGCUCUGUCAUUACUGUACACACAGCUUUCACUGAAACACCUCUUUGGAUUUCUCUAAAACUCACAGUGUAUUUGUCAGUUAGUUUCUCAGUUUCUAAUUUCUCGCCUUUAAAGACAUUUGGCAGGCUAUACAGUGCAUUCGGAAAGUAUUCAGACACAUUUUGUUACCUUAGAGGCUUAUUCUAAAAUGGAUUACAUUGUUUUCCCCCCCUCGUGACGCUACAAGUUUGUCACACCUGUAUUUGGGGAUUUUCUCCCAUUCUUCUCUGCAGAUCCUCUCAAGCUCUGUCAGGUUGGAUGGGGAGCAUUGGUGCACAGCUAUUUUCAGGUCUCCCCAGAGAUAUAUGAUCGGAUUCAAGUCCGGGCUCUGGCUGGGGCACUCAAGGACAUUAGGAAACGUGUCCCAAAGCUACUCCUGCGUUGUCUUGGCUGUGUGUUUCGGGUCGUUGUCCUGUUGGAAGGUGAACCUUCGCCCGAGUCUGUGGUCCUGAGCACUCUGGAGCAGGUUUUCAUCAAAGAUCUCUCUGUACUUUUCUCCAUUCAUCUUUCCCUCAAUCCUGACUAUUCUCCCAGUCCCUGCCCCUGAAAAACAUCCCCACAGCAUGAUGCUGGCACCACCAUGCUUCACCGUAGAGAUGAAAGUUCCAGGUUUCCUCCAGACGUGAUGCUUGGUAUUCAGGCAAGAGUUACAUUUUGGUUUCAUCACACCAGAGAAUCUUGUUUAUCAUGGUCUGAGAGUCCUUUAGGUGCCUUUUGGCAAACUCCAAGCGGGCUUUCAUGUGCCUUUUACUGAAGAGUGGCUUCUGUCUGGCCACUCAACCAUAAAGGCCUGAUUGGUGGAGUGCUGCAGAGAUGGUUGUCCUUCUGAAAGGUUCUCCCAUCUCCACAGAAGAACUCUGGAGCUCUGUCAGUGACCAUCGGGUUCUUGGUCACCUCCCUGACCAAAGCUCUUCUCCCCGAUUGCUCAGUUUGGCUGGGCGGCCAGCUCUAGGAAGAGUCGGUGGUUCCAAACUUCUUCCAUUUAAGAAUGAUGGAGGCCACUGUGUUCUUGGGAACCUUCAAUGCUGCAGAACAUUAUUGGUACCCUUCCCCAGAUCUGUGCCUUGACACAAUCCUGUCUCGGAGCUCUACGGACAAUUCCUUCGACAUCAUGGCUUGGUUUUUGCUCUGACAUGCACUGUCAACUAUGGGACCUUAUAUAGACAAGUGUGUGCCUUUCCAAAUCAUGUCCAAUCAAUAGAAUUUACCACAGGUGGACUCCAAUGAAGUUGUAGAAACAUCUCAAGGAUGAUCAAUGGAAACAGGAUGCACCGGAGCUCAAUUUCAUGUCUCAUAGCAAAGGAUCUGAAUACUUGUAAAUAAGGUAUUUGUUUUGUAUUUUGUAAAAAUUUGCAAACAUUUCUACAAAUCUGUUUUCGCUUUGUCAUUUUGGAGUAUUUUGUGUAAAUUGGGGAUUUUUUAAAAUUUUAUCAAUUUCAGAGUAAGGCUGUAACUUAACAAAAUGUAGAAAAGGUCAAGAGGUCUGAAUACUUUCCGAAGGCACUGUAUGUGAGAAGGAAAUUAGAAAUUUAAAGGAUGUUGAUGGAAUUGCAGUUUGACUUUGGUUUUCUUCUCCAUUCCCUAAUGGAAAACUACAAACUAAGUAUUGGACUUUCAUUUCAGAGGCUGGCAAUUAGAUUCAUAUUCAAACUCCACUGGCUUAUCUACAGGAAACUACAUUUGAAUUGAAACCAUCCAUUCAUUCAUCCUGUAGAGCAAUGAGUAUAAAAUGCAUUGAUUAGUUUUUAAAAUUGUAAUGUAAUGAAUUACAUAAACUACAAAAAUAUCUUGGCUCACCUCAUUCUUUGCUGAUUCAACCCAAUUAUCUGGAGGGAUUUAGACUUAAAUCACUUCCUUUUUCUCAUAUUCAAAAUCAUAUUCUCCACAUAUUAAGUCUUGUGUACAAGAUGAUGCGUUGCUUCAGCCUGUCCUGAAAUGCUAAUUCUGUCUUGGCCUUGUUCAUUUACUGCUGGAUGUAGACUCACUGUGCUUUGAAUUGGUCAAUGUGUAACAGAAAAUGAAAUUCGUAUAUCUGUCACAUAUCCUAAAUCAGAAUUGUUGUCAAUCAAAAAUGAUUCAAUUGAACUUUAUUCAAGUCAAACUGUAAACACACAGUGAGCCUUCACCAGUAUGCUGUGGCAUUAUUCCAUUUUAUUUUCCUGCUUUACGACUACAUCUUUAGUUUCGCUUCUUCUCUCUGUAGAUUAAGCCCUGCCACUACCUGCCCUGCUUUGUGACCUCAAAGAACGAGUGCCUGUGGACGGACAUGCUGUCCCACUUCGGCUACCCCGGCUACCAGUCCCGGCACUACGCCUGUAUCCAGCAGAAAGAGGGCUACUGCAGCUGGUACCGGGGGAUGGCCGGCCGUGACAAAACCACCAUCAACUCCACCGACCCCUGAGCGUAAACCACAACCAACCCCCAAAACCAUCACAACUUUCUUGAGUUUCUUCUCCUCUUCCUCUCACUCUUCUACACCUUUCCCAAACUCCCCCACGGCCCUCGUCAACCACAGAGUAUUACAGAACUCUUAAAACGUACAGUACUAGCCCCAAGUGACCACUCCUACGUCCUCUGACGAAAUAUACGAGACCUAAAAUAAUCAGUGCCUGGCUGUCUCAUAGAAAUAGCACUUCAUGCUGUACAUUUCAGUUUCUCCCACCUAACUUUUCCUACAUUUUCCCUAGCUAUCAAUGAGCAGAAAUUAGAUCCGAUCCCAGUCAACUUUUUUCAGACUGCAAUAACAAUGGCCCUCUAAAAAGCGAGACCUUUUUCAAACUAUCGUAAGGCUUAUUAUGGGUGGGAUGGCAUUUCAGAACGGCAGUUUCCAGCAAUACAUAAUGGUGAAAAUGAUUAGAAUAUUAAGUGUGUGGUGCAGACCGUAUCAACAAAGCUCCCGCAACAUAAUGUUAUCCUCAACACAGGUUAUGCUCAGUAACCAGACACAUUGUCACCAGUACGAGGGCAAUGCCAACACGAGGUAUGACCUCUGAAAAGCAAUACCUCUUGCUCCAGUCACACAAAGGUAUUUUAUUGGUAUUUAACAAUGAUUUUGAAUCACAUGAAAGUGUAUAUGUAUGUGUUGACAGUUUAUACGGUCAACAUGUCUAUUUAUAUAAAUGAUGCAAUCUUUGCCUCCCUGACUGCUUGCACUGUAAAGUUCAUUCUAGGUUGUAUUAAAUUGCAUUUACAUUUUAGUCAUUUAGCAGAUCACACUAUAUGAAUGCAUUGCUAAUAUCGGACAAAGAAUUGAUUGAGUAUAGCUAUAUUUUCUUCUCCGUAACCAGCACUAAGAAUGAACCUUACAGCUCAAGCACAGGGAAUUCUUAAUCUUUCGCAGAGAAAUGGAUGCAAGUUAUUUAAUUUUUUUUGCUGUAUAUGAUAUAAGCUACAAAGCAAUGAACAGUUGACUCGACUGAAACCUCUGUAGUAGAUUUAUUUAUCCUUGUUUGUCGAAUCAGACAAUAUCCAUGCAAAUACUACAAACAAAAUCAACUAUCCUACUAAAAUAGCCAAAUAUAUAUAUAUCUUUGUAUCUGGCCAAAACUGUACCAUCACUACCCUGUUUGGCUGUCAUGAAGGACCAGAAUCCCAAAUUGUGUUUGUAAAGCAUUGAUUUAAUGUUAGUUCUGUGUUAGAUCCGCCUUCAGCAGAUUUUGAAUGAUGGUACUUUUGCCCAAUCACAGUUCCCCUUCUGGUUCUCAUGAGGGAAGGAACAUUUUAAAGCAGAGGUUUCAGACAAAACAAAGUGUUUUCAUAAAUGUAUAUUCCAUUUGUGUAAGUAUUUUAACUAUUUCAGAUGAAACUGAUGAAAAUAACACUAUUGUCACUAAACUCUUCUACUUUUGUUGAGUUUUCCAGUUCAGUAUCUUCAGUCCAUUCCGUUAGAAACAGAGAUGCCUCAGCAGGAGUUAGAAGUCUUUGCCCAGUCUCUCAGCUCUGCCCACUUUUCCAUUAUGUUCAGAAAAGGCCAUGCCAAGUUGGUGUUGAACAGAAUAGAGUACGGCCCUGGCGUGACAGUUUUAGAAGGAAAUCCACAAAAAAUAUAGUUUAGUCAAUUUAUUAUUCACGUAAUCUAUUAUAACGUGAGGAACUCAAAUUAAAUCUAAAUCUUGCCUCCUCCGGAAGGCACUUCUUAACAUGAAACACAAUUACUUUAUAGGAAAAAAAAGAAACAUUAUCUCAUUCAACAAUGUAGAACAGAAAAUUGUAAAACAAUGUUGAAUUCGACAUUUCCGACCAUUACAAAAGGAGAGGAGGUAGAGGUGGUUCAUCAGUCUCAUCACGUUUCACCACUGCUGAGCUUCUGACACCUCCAGGCCUUGGCUGAGCUCCUCAGUAGUCUGAGAGGACUACUAUGCCACAGAGAUAUCACUAAAGCCUGAAUGUUCCACAUCAGCAACACUGUUCUUGUUCUCCUCAGGUAGUUAGAAGUAGAGCUGGUUUAGCAUUGAGAGAAUGGUGGGCUCGGUGAGCGUAGCCCGAUAGUUCCGGAAGCCAGAUAGUAUGUAGUCUUCAUGUAGAUCCAUGCUUUAGUUAGAAUACUGGGAAGGUUCCUCUGUAUGUUUAGCCUUCAUUGACACACUUCUCUGGUUGUCAGUCUUGAGUUGUUUCCAUCUCCCUCACCUGGUUUUUGGAAGUUUCUCUCUCUUUGGCCUUGGCAUCUCUGUACCUGUAUUUUUUUUGUGGUUCAUGUUUGUGUAAAUUUACUGUCUGCUUAACACAGAAACACUUGGUCAAGUCGAUCCAGACUGCAUUUUAAAAGGAAGCUGGCAAAAGGUUGUGUACCAUGUGUGUGUAUACACUGAUUCCUAAAAAGGGGGGAGGGCGAGCGACCAUUUCCUUGUUGCAGAAAUGUUUGACUUAAUUUCUGUGUUUUAUAUUUUUAUAAUAAAGAUUUAAUGAAAAAAUUGAC